GGUCUCACCACCUAGGGAUCGUUAGGCAGGGGGCGGUGCUUAAGCCGGAAGAGUAGUAGGCUGUAAUUUGACCCCACAGGCCUACACCCUGAAACACUUGGCAGACUGAGAAGCAGUGAGACGCACAGUACAGUAGCCACAACCUGAUUUGAGAAGUUGGACCAUGAGGUGGUGCUGUUCCUUUCCGCGUGCCCUGCUCCUCGUCCUGCUCCUCGGCUGGUGGGGUCGGAGUUCAGGGUUCAAGAUCUGUUCCUUCAAACUGCAGAGCCUGAAUAGCACCAAGGCAGCCAAUAAGAGAGUCAUGUAUACACUGAAACGGGUGGUGUCUCGUUGUGACGUCUGUCUGCUGCAGGGCGUGAAUGAUCCAAACGGUUCCGUCAUGAAGCACCUUGUGACCAAGCUGAACAGGGACAAUGACAGUUACGACCACCAGUACCAGACGGCAGCCAGCCGGAGCCAUGGAGCCAAUCCAAAUGACAUGCAGCAAUACGUCUUCCUCUACAGGAAGGAAAUCGUCAGUGUGAGCGACCGUCACCAGUACGAGGGGAAGGGCUUCGCCCGGCCUCCGUUUAUGGUUCGGUUUAAGAGCAGCCAAACAAGCGUGGGGGACUUUGUGCUGGUGGCGGUGAACACGUUGCCGAGCCGGGCGGUGCAGGAGAUGGAUCAGCUCUACGACGUCUUCACGGACAUCAGCAAGAGGUGGAAAACCGAGACGGUGAUGUUCCUGGGGAACUUCAACGCUGGCUGCAGUUACAUGACCCGGCCCAAGAAGAAAGAGAUCCGCCUCUUCACAAAGAAGGGUUUCUAUUGGCUGAUCGGUGACCACGUUGACACAACAACCACUGACACCACAGACUGUGCCUACGACAGGUUUGUGGUGCAUGGUAAGUCGUUCCUGAAGCAGGUGGAGCCGGGGACUGCUUCGGUCUUCAACUACGCUAAGACCUACCAGAUCAAGAAGAUGGAGGCCAUGCACAUAAGCGAACACUUCCCCAUAGAGGUGGAGCUUAAAAGCUCCACCCACCUACCUCAGGCCACACCCCUCCUCAUCCUGCUGAGCCUCUUUGCCUUCCUCUUGUCCGGCCUGGCUGCUCUGUGAUCGUUGGAUUGCGUCUGGAG